AUGGUUGAGUUUGUCGUGCCCUCCACUCCGGAGACGUUCUCCACGGCACGGGACCUGAUCGCCUUAAUGGAGCCUGAGCUGCCUCGACCCCCGGCCCCGCCGGUGCGGGUCCCUCAAUCCGCCGGCAAGCCGGCCCUUGUAAGACCUCCUUCACCUGGUACCAUGGGACUUCGUCACUGUCGGUCCCGGUCCAGGUCCCGCAGACGCUCACGGUCCCGCCAUCAAUCUCGAUCCUGCGGCCGCUCGCAGUCCCAGUACCAUUCCCCGGCGCGGUACCAGUCAUACUCGCGGUACCGCUCGAGGUCCCGGUCACCGUCCAGACACAACCGGCACCGCUCCAGGUCCUGUCAGCACUCGCGGCACCGGGCUUCCCGCAGCCGAUCUCGGCACUACGGCUCCUGGCACCGGUCGACCUCCUGGCACCGCGCUGGUCGCAGGUCCUGGUCGCAAUCUCGGCACCGUCAAGGCUCUCGGCACCGCUCCCCGGCACCGCGUAGGGACGGUUCCAGUGGACGCAGAGACCAUCACUUCCCGGUCUCCGCCCCGCCAUGGCCAUCUCAUCAGCCAUCAGUCUCCUCCCAGGCCAGAUCGGCAUCCUAUGGGGACUCGGACAAUCAGCAGGACCCUCAUCAGUGGUCCUUUUGGACUCCUUGGGCCUACCAUCAGAGCCAAGGUGCCCCACAUCCACCGCUGCGCUCGGGGCCCUCCGAACAUAGGGCGCCAGAGGCCACAGUGAGCAGACCUCCUCCAGCGGGUACAGAACAUCUCCCGGCACAGGUCUCGGACGUGCAAGACCCACCCCAGGACGUUCCACAGGACCAAGAGUCGCUUCAAGACCCAUUGGUCCCCGAGGUCUCUUCCUCUUCGUCACCAGACGAGGCAGUAGCGGGGACGGCCACAGCUGGACCGCCCUCAAUUGACCUUCGGUCAUACCAGGACCUCCUCCGCUGGGUCGCUCUUAAUAUAAAUCUACCCGUGGAAGAAGUUCCUGAGUUGGAAGACCCAGUGGUCACCAUCCUAUCAGCGGAGGCUCCGACAAGGGUGGCCCUCCCCUUUAUUCGUACCAUACAGGCUCGAGCAGAUACAAUCUGGCAAACCCCGGCAUCCGUUCCACCUACAGCCAAGGGGGUAGAGCGCAAAUAUAUGUUCCAUCCAAGGGGUACGAGUACCUAUACGUACACCCUCCCCCUUGUUCGUUAG